UACACAUUGUUGACAUUCAUAACACACCUCGCCGAACAUGCUCUCCGCUCAGGCUCUUAGUCUGUCUGGCCGCGCCGUUGCUAGGCGAGCCGUCAUCGUUGCUGGACAGCGCCGCGCUGUUGUUGAGGCUGCUCGUCGGCCGGGAGCUGCCCCCCUGAGGGCCUUGCAAACCGUCGCCCAGACGGACAGGGACACUAUCACUAGGUUGCUCUACUCUAUCGGCACCAAGCGUGAAGUCGAACGUUACCUCCGCAUCUUUUCAUCUUCGGCCAAUCCUUCUGAGCCUGCCAAGUUUGCUGUAGUCAAGGUUGGCGGUGCUGUCCUGGACGAGCUGGACGAGCUUGCGCUCAGCCUCAGCUUUUUGUACCGUGUCGGCCUCUACCCCGUCAUCCUCCAUGGCGCUGGCCCUCAAUUGAACGACAUUAUCGAACGAGAGGGCAUCGUUCCAGAUUACAUAGACGGUAUUCGUGUCACAGACGCCAAGACGCUACAAAUUGCUCGCCGCGUGUUUCAAGAAGAGAAUCUCAAGAUAGUAACCGCUUUGGAAAAGCUGGGUACCCGCGCCCGGCCUAUUACAUCUGGUGUCUUCACUGCCGACUACCUUGACAAGGACAAGUAUGGUUUGGUGGGAAAGAUCACCCGUGUCGAUAAGCGCCCUCUCGAAGCGUCCAUACGCGCCGGUGCACUACCCAUCCUUACGAGCUUGGCCGAGAGCGCUGAUGGUCAGAUCCUCAAUGUCAACGCUGAUAUUGCCGCGGGAGAGCUCGCUAAGGAGCUCGAACCCCUCAAGAUCGUAUAUUUGAACGAGAAAGGUGGUCUGUUCCACGGGGUCUCAGGCGAGAAGUUGGACGUGAUCAAUCUGGACGAGGAAUACAACGAGCUGAUGAAGCAGCCGUGGGUCAAAUACGGUACUAAGCUGAAGUUGCGGGAGAUCAAGGAGCUCCUUGAUCAUCUUCCACGCUCCUCCUCUGUUGCGAUCAUCUCUGCCGCCUCUCUCCAGAAGGAGCUUUUCACCGAUAGCGGGGCGGGAACGCUCAUCCGUCGAGGCUACAAGCUGUUCAAACACGACUCUAUCGAUUCGCUGGGGGCGGACCGCCUGCGUCAGGUGAUCCGCGACCGUGACCCGGACGUUCUCUCAGGAGACAAAACUGUCACAGAGGUCCUGAACAGCCUGAAGGGCACGCCGUACACUAUCUAUGGCGAUGAACCCCUCGAUGUCGUUGCCAUCGUCGCUCAUCCCGAGGGUGAAACUCCCGUCAUGAUUAAGCUUCUUCCCUCGCGUAGCGGCAUCCUCAACAAUGUUGUCGACAACGUUUUCAACGCCGUGAAGAAAGAUUACCGCCGCCUGUUCUGGACUGCACACGCGGAUGAUGAGAACCGGGCAUGGCACUUUGAGCGUGCGGACGGGAGCUUCACGCGCUCUGGAAAGAGCCUGUUUUGGUACGGCGUGCAUGAAGUCCAGGAAGUCGAGCGUGUCGUCAAGCUGUUUGAGGAGAAGGGCAGGAUCGAUAGGGCGUACCUCCCAGUUGGCCCUGCUGCACCUCCGCACCGCAACCCGACUGGUACCCGGGCGUACUCGACAAUGGCGCGUCGAGUUCCUGGCUCUUCCAGGGGUUACGCUACCGCCGCGGCUCCCACUGCCUCGACAGAGCGCAAGCGCCUUGCUCUGAUCGGUGCACGGGGAUAUACUGGCCAGGCGUUGACUACCUUACUGUCCGGUCACCCUUACAUCGACCUCACACACGUUUCUUCCCGCCAACUAGCAGGUCUUUCCUUGGAUGGGUAUACGAAGUCCGCCGUCACAUACUCCAACUUGUCCAUCCAGGACGUAGAGCGGAUGGAGAAGGACGGGGAGGUGGACGCUUGGGUGAUGGCCCUCCCAAACGGCGCGGCGAAGCCCUUCGUAGAUGCUGUGGACAAAGGCACGAAAGAGCGCACGAGUGGCGAGGGCAGCGUGAUAGUCGACCUCAGUGCUGACUACCGGUUCGAGAAGGAGUGGACGUAUGGGCUUCCGGAACUGUACUCCAGGGAUGCAAUUCGAGGCUCCAAACGUGUUUCCAACCCCGGCUGCUAUUCUACAUCUUCGCAGCUUCUAAUCGCACCCCUGCUCAAGUACCUCAAUCGACCGGCGUGGCCCACCGUGUUCGGCAUGUCCGGGUACAGCGGUGCGGGCACUGUCGCAGGCGCCACAGACCCCGACGGCCGCCCUGCGACUGUCGCAAAAGUGACCGCAGAGAGCCUCGCGGGCGGCGUCCGCCCAUACGCUCUGACGGACCACAUUCACGAACGCGAGGCCGGGACGCACCUGUCCAGCCUCUUGGGUGACCAGCCCCCAAUGAAGCUCGCUUUCAUCCCAAACGUCGCGCCGUGGUUCAGUGGGAUCAUAUCGGUCCUGAGCAUGCAGUUGAGCGAAAAGCUCACGGCGCGGGAAGUCAAGGCAUUAUACGAAGAGAGGUAUCGUGGUGAAAGGCUGAUCAAGAUCCAGGGUCCCGUGCCAGAGGUAAAGGACGUUCAAAAUCGCCAUGGGUGGACCGUGGGAGGGUUCCAGGUGCACAGCCAGGGUGACCGUGCGGUCGUUGUUGGAGGCUUGGAUAACCUGUUGAAAGGAGCGGCGACACAGUGCCUCCAGAAUCUGAAUCUCACUCUGGGAUACGACGAAUACGCCGGCAUUCCUACAGAGAACUGACCCUCUUGCGUCUCUUCUUUGUUGCUCGGCCAGUACAUACUUAUCUGCGCAUAUAAUGUUAAAUACAUCGCCUAACCAGAGAUAAAAUCUGUACAAGUCGUAUAAU